UGCUUCCCCGCGGCCGCCGCCUGCGGCCUCCGGCCGCCGCCACUGCUGAGCCGCAUGGACCGGGCCCCGCGCCGCGGCUGCUCCGAGCGGGACAAACGCAUUCACUCUGGGACUACUGAUACUGGUGUUUUGAGACUAAGCCUGUUCCCUCAUUGUUCCUGUGCAAGCAGGCACCAUAAAAAUGAAUAUCCAAGGGAAAGGCUUCCCUUUGGAUCUUGCGGGAAGCUUCACCGAAGAUGCUCCAAGGCCACCGGUCCCUGGUGAAGAGGGUGAGCUAGUUUCUACAGAUCCAAGGCCAAUCAGCCACAGCUUCUACUCUAGUAAAAGUGACGUGAUUAAAAAUGAGACUUCCACGGCAACACCGAGGCGCUCUGAUCUGGAUUUGGGAUAUGAACCUGAGGGGAGUGCUUCUCCAACUCCACCCUACCUGAAAUGGGCUGAGUCGUUACACUCCUUGUUGGAUGAUCAAGAUGGGAUAAAUUUGUUCAGGACUUUCCUGAAGCAGGAGAACUGUGCAGAUUUGCUGGACUUCUGGUUUGCUUGCAGUGGCUUCAGGAAGCUAGAGCCCUGCGUCUCCAAUGAGGAAAAGAGGCUCAAAUUGGCUAAAGCUAUUUACAAAAAAUACAUUCUGGACAAUAAUGGGAUAGUGUCCCGGCAAAUUAAACCAGCCACAAAAAGCUUCAUAAAAGAUUGUGUCAUGAAACUGCAAAUUGAUCCUGACAUGUUUGACCAGGCCCAAACUGAGAUUCAGUGCAUGAUCGAAGAUAAUACCUAUCCUUUGUUCCUUAAGUCAGAUAUUUAUUUGGAAUAUACAAGGACAGGUGGGGAAAGUCCUAAAAUUUAUAGUGAUCAGAGCUCAGGAUCCGGGACAGGAAAAGGACUGCCUGGAUAUUUGCCUACUCUUAAUGAGGAUGAGGAGUGGAAGUGUGACCAAGACAUCGAAGAGGAAACCAGCCGAGAUUCAGCCCCAUCCAGCAGGCUUACUCAGAAGCUGCUUUUGGAGACAGCCACCCAGCGUGCCACAUCAACCAGGCGAUAUAGCGAGGGAAGAGAGUUCAGGCAUGGGCCGUGGAGAGAGCCAGUUAACCCUUACUAUGUCAACACAGGGUAUGCUCUGGCCCCAGCCACCAGUGCCAAUGACAGUGAGCAGCAGAGCAUGUCUAGUGAUGCAGACACCAUGUCGCUGACAGACAGCAGUGUAGAUGGGAUCCCCCCGUACAGACUCCGAAAGCAGCAUCGCCGAGAGAUGCAGGAAAGUGCCAAAGCAAAUGGACGUGUGCCACUACCUCACAUUCCUCGUACGUACCGAAUGCCAAAGGAUAUCCAUGUUGAACCACAGAAGUUUGCUGCAGAGCUGAUCAAUCGCCUGGAGGAAGUACAAAGGGAACGUGAAGCAGAGGAGAAAUUACAGGAGCGCCUUAAACGCGUUCGAGCGGAAGAAGAAGGUGAGGACGCAGACAUCUCUUCUGGUCCUUCAGUCAUUAGCCACAAGCUGCCUUCCGCCCAGGCCUUGCAUCACUUCACUCCUCGUUACUCCGAGAUGGGUUGUGCUGGGAUGCAGCUGCGAGAUGCUCAUGAAGAAAACCCGGAGAGCAUUCUCGAUGAACAUGUACAGCGAGUAAUGAAAACUCCAGGUUGUCAAUCCCCUGGACCUGGCCGCCAUUCACCUAAGCCCCGGUCACCAGAAAGUGGUCAGGCUGGAAAGAUGCAAGGGACAAUACCUCCAGGGCAUGGCAAGCAUGCAACAAAAUCAGGAAUGAAACUGGAUGCAGCUAACUUAUAUCACCAUAAACAUAUCUACCACCAUGUUCAUCACCACAGCGUGAUGAAACCGAAGGAGCAGAUUGAGGCUGAAGCCUCUCAGAGAGUGCAGAACAGCUUUGCUUGGAAUGUAGAUUCACAUAACUAUGCAACAAAAUCCCGGAACUACACUGAAAGCAUGGGCCUGGCUCCCAACCCUGUGGAUUCCUUGGGCUACAGUGGGAAAGCGAGUCUGCUCUCAAAAAGAAAUGUCAAGAAGACUGAUUCAGGGAAAAGUGAUGGUGCCAACUAUGAGAUGCCUGGAUCUCCUGAGGACGUGGAGAGGAACCAGAAAAUCCUUCAGUGGAUCAUCGAAGGAGAGAAGGAGAUCAGCAGGCAUAAGAAAACAAGCCAUGGCUCCUCAGGUGCCAAGAAGCAGCUGGCGCAUGAGAUGCCCAGACCUCUCUCCAUCGAGCGCCCCGUCGCUGUGCACCCCUGGGUCAGUGCUCAGCUCAGGAACAUCGUCCAACCUUCUCACCCGUUCAUUCAAGAUCCUACCAUGCCGCCCAACCCAGCCCCCAACCCUCUGACACAGCUGGAAGAAGCACGCAGGCGACUGGAGGAAGAGGAGAAGAGGGCUGGCAAACUGCCCCCCAAACAGAGGUUGAAGCCCCAGAAGAGACCAGGCAAUGGUGCUUCCCAGCCAUGUGAGAAUAUUGUGGUCGCGUACUACUUCUGUGGAGAGCCCAUCCCUUACCGCACCUUGGUCAAGGGGCGUGUGGUCACGCUGGGACAGUUUAAGGAGCUGCUCACCAAGAAAGGGAACUACAGGUAUUACUUUAAAAAAGUGAGCCAUGAGUUUGACUGCGGAGUGGUUUUUGAGGAGGUACGUGAGGACGAGGCCACCCUGCCCAUCUUUGAGGAGAAGAUCAUUGGAAAGGUUGAGAAGAUUGACUAACAGGAGAGCCAAGAGGCCUGGGAAAGAUUUUGGAAAUCUCAACAGUCUAGAGCAGAUCCAGAGUCGGUGCUCUGGGAGGCACAGAUCCCUCGGUACUGGGCUGACCCAGGCUGAGGGAGGCACCUCGAUCCCUCCCGAGGACUUCCAGGAGCUACGCAUUGCCAGUGGGAGGAGUUCCAUCACACAGACUUGCCGGCAGGAUGCCCGCCAGGCUCCCUGUCCAGACAGAAUAUUACGUGUAUUGUAGCAUUGUACAGUUGCAUUAGAAAGUGUAAUAUGACCUUGUUUACUAAAGCUGCAUAUUUUUGAUAUAUUGUAAUAAAAGGAAAAUCUUUCCAAUGUCACAGUGCUCUUAUGUAAAUGUAAGACGUACAGGUACUUCAGAGCUCACCCAGCGUGUACAGCCAUUUGUCCAGUCCGGCAUGGAGCCUUGCCUUCAUCUGACCCUCCCCAUGUCCUGACAGUGGAUGACUUUUAGUUGAUGCUACUGUGUGUGUGUUGAGGUGGAGAACUCCCUCAGGGAAGUCCACACAAGCUGCUAUCUCAGAUGCUGAUAUGGAAGCCCACACUUUGGCUGGCUCAUGCUGACAGUACAAAGGCCACAGUAGUGCAGGGGUGAAAAUCUGGGUUUAUGAUAUUUUAACAAACCACUUUUAAUCUGUUAACCUUGCCCAUGUUCUAAGCCAGUGGUCUCCAAAGCAGGGUGCGUGCCCCCCAGGGGGUGUGCAAGAGGAUCCUUGGGGGUGCGCGGCAGGAGGAGCACUCUUUUUUUUUUCCUUCCAAUUUGGCAAAAAUGGUAGAGCUGGCGCAGCAGGGGAUGCAUGCUCAAAAAUUUUUUACUGAUAGGGGCAUGCAAUCAAAAAGGUUUGGAGACCACUGUUUUAAGCCACCAGUUCUCCUAGUAGCUUUUUCUCCAAGCAUUCUUGUGACUGAAUAAACACUGGAGGAGAGGCUGCAGAGAAGACAGGAUCCUCAGGAAAGGUUCCCAAAGGGUCAGUGUUUAUUCAGAAGCAAGAAUCCAAAGUGAUUGUUGUUUAAAUGUGCUCCCCACUGAGUGUGCCAGACAGUCCACAACGCAGGUCUGAGCAUGUUGCUUCUGCCAGCAGCUGUCUUGUCCCUGCACCAUUCUGCAGGCCUCUCUUCACCGACCUGAAGAUCAUCACUGCUCCUGAGUCAAGUGUAAAUAUUUUGUCAAAUCAUCCAGUGACACAGACCCCCUUCAGAUACCAGGCCAUGCCCCGCCUGCGGAUCAGUGGGCCUCUGAGCUGGUCCAUUUCUGCCCCAGUAAGGGUGUGAAGGCUUUCACAUCAGCACUGACUCGCCAUGGUUGUUCUUCUGUUGUGUGUUCUCAGCUCUACUCUUUCUGUUGGCUGCAGCUUUGCUAGGCGCAGGCGUGGUGAUGACAGUCAGAGGUGAUAUAGUGGGAUAGGCCUGCGUGAUUGUGUAUCCGCACAGGUAGGUUUGCCUCUCAGUAUAUUGUAUAUGUCACAGAGUGCCUUUUGAACACAGUUCUGUAACUUGCCUAUCACUAUGUGAAGUCCAGCAAAUGAGAAAUUGUUUUCAUCCAGGGAACUGCAUUACAAACAUUUUUCUUCUUUUUUUAAGUUCAGAUUGUAAUUCUGUGUCUGGUGAGAUUGUUAAUGUACCCGACAGCCACAGGUUUUCCAUUUGCCCUUGUUUCUGAAGGGUUCCAUUGUAAAUAUGUACAUUUUCUAACCGCAGCGUCAGCCGCCAGCGGCAUGCCUACAAACGGCGUCUCCUGAGCAUUUUCAUGUGCUGACUUGUACAAUUAUCUUUUAAAAGGUACUUGGAUAAUAAUGAAAUAAAAAAACCAACGUCCAA